AUGAAAGUUGCAGCAAAUGCCCCAACCACAAGUAGUAGCACAUACAUCAAGGCCCUGACGGCAUACGCUCUCUCCUUGGCGGGCGACAGCAGCGCCGCUGCUACGCUCAUUUCAGAUGUGUACAACAGUUUGACAUCAGGAAGUCCAGGUCUGUCUCAGGCUCUGACGGUUGAAGCUGCCGCCUACCUCCUUCUGGCCAUGCUGAAUGAAAGUCCAGGAUCAUACGCUGCCUGGGCUCUUGAUAUCACUAAGCUUAUAUCAACUUAUCACAAUGGACAGGGAGGCUUCGUCUCGACACAGGACACAGUGGUUGCUCUGCAAUCCUUCGCAGCCUUCAGUGAAGCCUUCCCGCCCACAGGAACAGACCUCACCAUAUCAGUAACUGCUGGAAGUCAGUCGUUUGAGAUCGUUAUAAAUUCAGAGAACGGACUCGUGCUGCAGACCAAGCUAUAUCACAGGCGAUCCACCACUUGA